UUCAAUUCACGUAGAUUUAUUUGUCACCAACAGUUUCACAAAUAAACCUGGUCUGGGUCCGGUAUUAAAGACAACGACCUCCUCCACAUCUGUCUUUCCCCAAGCCCCGAACAAACACAUUGACAUAUUAUUUAUACAUCAGCCUCAAUGCAGGUGCCGCCUCCGUCCACUCCCAUAUACAUAUUAGUUCUCGUCACUCAGUGUGACCUCUGUCCCAGUCCAAGCCGGUUACUUUAAGGAAUGUGGAGGUUCUUGCUGACGUCUCCCCCUCGUUACUUCUCUUAUCGUUAUUGUGUCUGAGCCUCCUGGUCCUCGCUCUGCAGUCUCCUCUCUACCGGUUCAGACUGGAGCAGCACAAGGCCGCUGGGUCUAUCUAUGUCUGGCGUUGUUGACCCUUGUCUGAGGGAGAGAGCUGUGUGUGCCCUCUCAAUCAUCUUUGUAGAUGUAAUUUAAGCCUAAUAUAACACAAUGUAAAAGUUUAAUACACCCUAUGUAUAUAUGUUGUGGAAACACAUAAUUUGAAACAUUUUACCCACCACAAUACCUUCUUUGUUGUUGAUGUUGUUAGCUGUUGUUAGUUGAGCGCACAUUGGAUGGUAAAAGUGUCGGCGGUACUUCGUGGCCCUGUGUGCCACUCAGGUAUUCCCGUUGUCAUUGUUUAAAUGUAUAAAGAGCUGCCGGUGUUAUGAUGGAGCAGAAGGGCUUCGUGGAGUUUGGGGUUAACGCUCCAUAUCCUUUUCUAUUCAACACAUUGUUUCUUUUACCACCGAUAAAUAUCUUGUUGAAACAGCCCGCAGACACACCACGCCGUCUGUAUGUUCAUAAAUCCUCUGGAGCUGAUCAACACAAUGGCCCACAUUCCUGUCAUUUAAAGGAAGUCCCUUAUAUCACUGCAUCUCCUCUCCACCAGAGACACAGACAUUUUAGGAAUACGACACUGGAACAAUAACAACUCUCCAUGCGUGUGUGUUUAUUUAAUUUCGUUUCAUACAUUAAUGGGACUGUUACAUAACACACUUUAAGGGGGUGUAUGUCCAGUACUUUGCCUUUUGCAACACAACGCUGGAUUUCUCACCGACACCCGGUUUGACUCCAGUUACAUUUUUUAGCAAUGUUUUCUCUUUCAUGGAAUAACAGCAUUUUCCUUCAACAUUAGCUAUUUUUUGGGUUUUCAAUAAUCAAUAAUGGUCAUCAGAAAGAAAUGGAGACAUUUAUCAGAGUUGAAUCAUUUGACCUGACUCUAUCUGUAUGUGGGAUUACCAAAACCCCUUGCUUAUUACGGCUUCUUCUGGGCUGAUGAGGUGUGGAAGUAAAAAUGAAUUCAUAUCCAUUAGAUUCAAAUGAAUAACAGCUAAUGAUAGAAGUCAGAAGUUUCUCGCGGGGAUGAACUCAGUUAUCAUCCAACUCUGCAGCUCUACACAGCCUUUUUUAGCUUGUCUUCUUUGAUUUCUUCAGUCUCACCACGCUCAUCAACCCCAUCUCCAGCAGGAACAAAUGACCUUUGUUAUUGUCAACAACAAAAACAAACGACAUGUCCGACAAAAUGAGCUUAUAGCUCUUAAAUAUACCGCUCGGUUACACUGGCUCACCGACAGCAGCCCUCUGCACACACCAGAGGAGAGAGGUGGGGAGCAGCGGACACACUGAGGACACACAAACACACACGAUGUUACAAGCCAUCGGUCGUCAAAUACCAACGCUUUGUAGGUGCCAAAGGGCAGCGGUCAUAUGCAUCCAACCUGUGUACAGUGAGGUAUUAUGGGUAGUUGCAGGUCAUGACGAUGAUGAUGCACACCAUCAAAUCAAAAUCUGCACAACAGGCAAAUUGAUUGUUGAUUUAGCUCCUGUCGGUAUUCAAUCCGGAGAUAAACACAUUACUGUGGCUUUACAGCUUUAAUAUAGAGGUGAACAAAGUUUGACCUUUAACGAGAAUCAUAGCUUCUGUAGUACUAUAUUGUAAUCUCAUCAACAUGGUGAAUACCUACUCUGAUUUGUGAAAUAUUGAUCAUAAUUGUUGGGUAGGACGUGACAAUCUCAGUAAAUACACUCUUUGCUUGUGUUCCUAUUCCCACGUUGGAUAAUUGAUCACAUUUCCCCAGCGUUACACAUUCAAUGCUCAAUGCUUUGCCAUCUUUGAUGUACAUUUUAACCAACACUGAGCUUGCACCAGAGAUGACUUUCCUCUUGUUUUAUAUCCACCAGUCAGACUGAACCUCUCAAGGUUGGGAUUUACUUUUCAAGAAGUAAAGUUAUAUUCUAUUCAUAUUAUAGUAAUUAGUUAUAUUUUGCAGUUAUCCUGUAGACACGAAUAUCCUGUUUGUAUGUUGUAUUAUCCAAAGCUCCCUUGAAUUCACUCCUGUGUGACAAAGAACAACAUCUCCCCUCAUCCCAUACAAUCUCUGAUCAGAGUCGAGGUGUGGUUUGAUCCAUGAACCGGGCUGCCGUGUGUGAUUGGGUUUCACAGGGGUCUCAUGGGUGCCAGACCCCUUUUCCUUGUGGCUACACAGUUUAAACGCCCACCUAUUACAGACAUCCAUCCUUCUCGGAAAUGAACUCCCCGCUAACAGAUAUGGUUUGAGGUUACACCUCAGCUCCACCAACAAUAAGACUUUGAUCUCCUAAGGCGUUUCACAGUGGGACACAUUGUAUGACCUAAUAGUGUCUCCUCUGAGCUUGUACCUCCCGUGUAGCUCUCUGGAGGACAUCAGGGAGGAUAUACUGUGUAUAGUGCGAAGGAUUGUGUGUGUGUGUUUGUGUGUGUAUGUGUGUGCGUGCGUGUGUGUGUGUGUGUGUGUGUGUGUGUGUUUGGAAGCAGGGGUUGCGAGUGAAGGAACAUAAGUUAGUAGGCCUGACUUUCUACUUUCUGUGGAAGAAACCCUUCCAGCAGUAGGACCCAGAGGAUUUUUGUAGGGGGAGAGAAAAUGGACCAGAACACCUUUAUGAUAUCUGAGGCAUGACAAAUAAAAAAGUUCAACUCUAAGAAAAAAGGUUGAGCUUUGAGCCAUGUCAUUGGCUGAGAAGAGUGUGACAGUCCAACCCAAGGGCUCUGGAGGUCAGCGCACAGUCUGCUAUAAACGUUUCGCAGCAGAGCUGGACGGACUCCGCAACAGGUCCUGCAUGUGGAGCUCUCAUCGCUCAUCUUUGCAGGGACAACAUGAGCGCGUCUGUGGCCGUGUACAGGAAUAUUUACACGGAGGCCCGCUUUAAACAGACCUACGGGUCCGAUGAGACCACGAGUGGAAGAGUGCGGCUUCGGGAGAAGCUCGCCGAGAGGUGCAGGUGUUCAAGGCGAGCAUGCCUUCAACUGUUGAGGGACAGAGUGCCCAUUUUCAACUGGCUGCCAAGAUACAGACUAAAGAAAUGGAUACUUGGAGAUGCUAUAGGGGGACUGACAGUUGGUAUUCUUCACAUUCCGCAAGGCAUGGCCUUCGCCUUACUCACAUCCGUAGCACCGAUAUUUGGCCUCUACACCUCUUUCUUCCCUGUGGUUCUCUAUAUGUUUUUUGGCACAGGUCGCCAUGUGUCCACAGGUACCUUUGCUGUCGUGAGUCUGAUGACUGGUUCUGUGGUGGAGCAGCUGGUUCCCACUCCUCUGGAAAUGAACUCAAGUUCGCCUGAAGCGGCCGAUUUUGAGGCCCAGAGGAUUGGAGUUGCGUCAGCUGUUGCACUCCUCUCAGGAAUUAUUAUGCUCUGUAUGUUUGGUCUUCAGCUGGGCUUCCUCUCCACCUAUCUGUCAGAGCCAAUAGUUAAGGCUUUCACCAGUGCUGCUGCCUUCCAUGUUACUGUCUCACAGCUGCAAAGCAUGCUGGGGCUGCGGCUUCCUCGGCACACUGGGACUUUCUCCCUCUUCAAGACGUUGGCGUCAGUGAUGGAGAACCUGCCUCACACCAACAUGGCCGAGCUGCUGAUCUCCUUGGUGUGUUUAGCAGUUCUCGUGCCAGUUAAGGAGAUCAACAUGCGUUACAGACAGCACCUGCGUACACCUAUCCCUGUGGAGAUCCUCACGGUGAUUAUUGUUACAGGUGUGGCGUAUGUCUCCUCGCUGGACUCUACUUACAACAUUGAGAUAGUUGGCCAUAUACCAGCUGGAUUCCCGAGUCCACGGAUGCCCACCUUGAGCACUUUCCCCGACAUUGCAGGAGACACAGUAGCCAUAACAUUUGUCGGUUAUGCCGUGUCGGUCUCUCUGGCAAUGAUCUAUGCUGAUAAACAUGGAUAUUCCAUACAUCCCAACCAGGAGCUCCUGGCUCACGGUAUCUCCAACACAGUGUCUUCUUUCUUCACUUGCUUCCCCAGCUCAGCCACUCUCGCCACCACCAAUAUACUCGAGAGUUCUGGAGGAUACACACAGCUCUCUGGCUUGUUCACAAGUCUGGUUGUUCUGAUUGUCCUGCUUCUGAUUGGACCGCUGUUCUACUUCCUACCAAAGGCAGUGUUGGCAUGUAUCAACAUCACCAGCCUCAGGCAGAUGUUCCUGCAGUUCCAGGACUUGCCUGAACUGUGGAGAAUCAGCAAGAUUGACUUUAUGGUUUGGGUGGUAACCUGGCUCUCUGUAGUGGUCCUCAAUGUGGAUCUGGGCCUCGCCAUCGGAGUGGUUUUCUCUAUGAUGACCGUCAUCUGCCGAACACAAAGGGCUGGUUGUUCAGUGCUUGGGCGAGCGAGCAACACUGAAAUUUAUAGACCUCUGGAGAACCACAGCAAGUGCUACGAGGUACCUGGAGUGAAGAUCCUGACUUACAACGGGCCUAUUUACUACGGCAACCGAAGCUUCUUCAGGGAGGAGAUGAGCCGGCUGCUGGGCCUGACGCCAGAGAAGAUCCGCAGCUGGGAGAAAGCCAGAAAGGCCCUGGUGAAGAGGGAGAGAGAGGCCACCGUCAGCACUGUGGAACAAGGAGUUGCAAACACGUCGUUUUCUUCAGAAAAUGAGUUCUUUAAAUCUGAAAAAUCCAAGAGCGAUGUUCAGGCGGUGCUAAUCGAUUGCAGCAGUGUGACAUUUGUUGAUGUUGCUGGAGCAAGACUCUUCACACAGAUGUGUACUGAUUGUCACAAAGUUGGAGUUCAUGUAUAUUUAUCAAACUGCAACGAGAGUGUCUUAAAGAUCCUCACAUCAAGUGGUCUAAUGACCCACAUGAACCCUCAGCAUAUUUUCGUUACUGUUCAUGAUGCAGUGAUGUAUAUUCAACAAGAGAAGGAUAAACCUCCAGAGAACACCACGACUGUCUGGGUAUGAGCCAGGAGGACAGUGACGCGUCCUGCUCCCAUCUACCAAAGUGUCUUGGACUAAGAAGACAGAAGAAGGCAAAUGGGUCUUCUACUUUUUGUUUUAUAAGCCGAGACUAUGUCUAUCUGCUGUAUAACAGUGCACCGCUAUAUACCAGUGUUUUAAAGAAACAGUAGCCUGUUGUAGAACAUCAUGAAUUACAAUAAUUAUUACAUUUGUAUUAUCUGCUUUCUCACAAAUAUUGAACUCUCUUCUGGACACUUUAAUCUGAUUUUAGAAGACGGUCACAAAUUCAGAGGGCUUCAAAUAAGAUGAAGCUGAAAAAAAACUUAGCAUUUAGUCUAAAAAUGAAUGAAAAAACAAAAAGUGAUUUUUUUUCCUAUAACUAUAAAACUGUAUAUGACAGAUUUUUUUUAUUGUUCUAUAUGCUGGAAUAUCAGCAUAGUGAUAUUUAUUUAGUUUCUGUUAGUUGUCUGCAAUACAGAUGGAUAUAAAGUGCACUGAAUAGUUUGUUAAAUACUUUAUUAUUCUUUAGUUUUACUAUGUAAAGUCCAAUUCAUACGGCCUUAAAAUUUUCUCUCUUUGAACUCCAGAGAGCCUGCACAAAAUAUUUUAUGAAAAUACUUUUGUAUUUGUCAGCAACUGUGCCAUCCAGUGGCUGUUUAGUCCAUGAAUGUAUCUCCAAAAACAACGUCUUGGUGAUUCACAAUGAAAUAUAUUAAAUUGUGUUAUUUUUA